CGUUGAAGUUGGCUGCGUCUUGGCGCGCUAGGCCGAAACGGUGGCGCGCGGUUGUGCAUCAUCGCUGUGCAUGUCCUGGAUCGUCGCAAGGCGAGAGCUUGACAAGCUGCAUGCUUCGCCGGUUUGCCGGACGGAGCUUGAAGCCUGCACUGUAGUUUCCCGAUCCUUCCAUAGUCUUGUAUGGUGUUUGUGAUGCAGCAUGACCUCGACAACCAGCCUAUAACACCGCUUUCUGCCUGCCGCCUGCCAUGCGCCUGCUGUGCUAAACACCCCGAGUCGCAUGGCAUCCGUUUGACACUCUUCACACCGCCCACGUUGUGCCCGCAUCCUGAACCUCGCAUCUUAAUAAGCACUUACCUCUGCAUCCGUGUUAUCUCCCAGCAUUCCACUUUACAUUAUUAGCUGCGUCCGUCAUGGCGCCUGGCAAGACAGCGCCACGGCUGCUGCAGGACCUCCUCACAUACGACCCUCGCCGCGAAGACCGAGCUGGUCGCAACCUCCUGACGAGCGCCCCGCCAGAGCACACCUCGAGCCGUAACGGCAUCCCUGCUGUACCCCGAGGGAACUGUAGACAUGCGCUUGUCAGAAAAGAUGAGCAGUCUCUGCUGCCAGUCGCUGGUGAUGAAGACCGGCCUAUCUACAAAGUCGCAUCUUAUUGCUCGCAAUGUCGUUGGCACAUCGACGUCAUCGUAAACCACAAGGACCGAGGGUCGGGGCGACCGUGUGGGAGUCAGAACGCCGAGUACCCACUGCAUCACUUUGUCUACGAUGGCGCGGGCACUGAAGAGAGCAAUGGACUCGGUGGUCAACGCACUCCAAGGUCAUUCACUUUCCGCUGUACGGCGAGCUCGUGUUCAACCUCAGUGCGCACAGAGCUCAAGCCGCCGCACUUUACAGAGCACGACCAGGACUUGUUGAUGAACAAAGCACAACUGAGGAGGAGGUUCGAGCAAGCUCGCGAACUCAUAGGAGAGCGCGAGGGCGAGACCAUGUCGCGAUGUGUGGAUGGACCUGAUUUUCUCGACACAUUUCUGAAAGACUCGUUCACACCACUACCAGGAAAGACAAGGAUCCCGCUGCUGAACAGAAAGUUUGCAAAGACGUUCUGGAGAGACUGCGACUCGAUGUUGACCAAGUUGGGAUUCCAGUAUACGCGCGAGGUGAGCGAGGACGAGGAAGGAUCCGAUAUCGAGACCUGGUACCUUCCCAAGCCUGAGGACGAACAUGACCCGCUCCAGAGGAAUCUGCGCACUACGAUUCAGGACGCGAGAUAUGAACUGGACACCAUGAUUCUUGCAGUACCCGAACGUGAACGCGAGAAGGUCAGGCAUAUCCCACUGUACCCCGUCCCCUCACAAGGCGACAUUGAAAGAAUACUAGCAUGCCAUGAUUAUGAGAAAGUGGCUGGGCGAACACGCAGUACAAGUACGACCGAAGAGGAUCAUCCAUACUUCGCAAGUCUUGGUGCAGUAGGAGAUUUUGCGGAUUCGCUCGUCAGUUUUGCGUACCGGCGGCAGAGCGCAGAAGACGAAGUCAAUGCGCCUUACUACCUGGAGUGCUUCCAAGAAAUCGCUGUUGGGCGGAACAGCGACAGUCUGCAGUAUGAAGUGGCCAUGCUUGCUUCUAAAGAUAUUCCCAGUAGGCGCGAUAUUGAAACUGCAUAUCGCUCUCUUGGAUUGGAACCGGCACACGGAUCUACCCUCAGCGACAGGUUUGUCAUUGACCAAGCUAGGUCUCGCUUCCCCGACAUCUCUCCGACCCAGCGUGAAGAGAUUCGCAGACAUCUUCGAGUAAUUGGAAAUGCGCGCCAAAGUGAGGAAAUCAAACGAGAAGCCAGUGAAUCCAUCGACACGUACGACGAGGCGUUAUCCUGGCUGGAACUGGAUCAUUCGCAGCCUGAUGAUUUCGUUCGAACCAUGUUUGCGAUAAAAACACAAGACAACCCCGCAUGUGUUGAAUCUGCGCGAAAAGCAGUAUCCGUGAUCGCUGAGCAUCGAGACAGCGACCGACUCCGGCAGUUCCUGCAUGAAGGGACUAUGACCGAGCCAGAGAUGGACCUGAGCGAGGCAUACGCUUUGUUCGAGAUCUCGAGCAUGUCUGACAGGCAAAACGUUGAUUUGUCUGUUUUGCAAAGCUCGAUGCUUGUUGCACCGCCAAGCGAGAUCGCUAAACUUGAGAAAGCAUUCGCACUGAUUCAACAAGACCAGGAGAAGCACUACAACAAGAAAGAGGAGCGACCCAAGGAGCCAGGUUCACGGGUCAACGACUUCCCUUUGGAAACUUGGCCUGUCGGCUGCCGCAACAACGGCAACACAUGCUAUCUCAACAGCGUUCUUCAGUUCUUGUUCACCAUCAAGCCUCUACGGGAACUGGUUCUGAACUUCGAAGCUUACGAACAGGAUCCCUCGCCGGAAGCACUCACCAACAAAAAAGUCGGUCGCGCAGUUGUUACUCCAGAGCGAGUAAUCACGGCUCAGAAGUUCGUCCGCGAGCUACAAAGCCUAUUUCGGUUGAUGAUUCGAGCUCCCACCGACAAUGUUCUACCUACGAAGCACCUUGCUGAACUGGCACUGUGUAAGACCGACAGCCCGGAUAUCGUACCAGACACUCUAGGUGCUGAAAGCGAAGCAAAGGUCGAUACGACGACCGAUCACAAGGUCGACCCACCCAAGGAGGAGGGCACACCAGUUGCUCCCACUGACACAGUCAUGGGCGAAGGGGACGCAGCCGGAAGCGACGAUGUGAAAGGCGAAGGCUCUACACAGGCUACACUCAAGCCUGAAGCCGAUAGCAAGCCGUCACCUCCAUCUCGACCACCUCCCAUCCCUCCUCGACCGAAAACACAAGAGCAGCAAAAGUCCAAGGACGACCACAUUGCCGAGAGUGCUCGACAGCAGGAUGCUGCUGAAGUCAUGGGCAACAUCAUGGACUUGAUUUCUUGCGCAAUCAAAGGUGAUGGUCUCCUGCGUGACGGUGAGCAAGAAGAUCUCAUCAAGAACCUUUUCUUCAGCGAUGUGACAAUCGUGCGAAAUACAACGAACAAAGUUGAGAGAACGAGCGAGUUCAGAAACCAUCAUUUGGUCUCCGCUGGUGGCCGCGAUCGUCAUCUCUAUGCGGCCCUCGACGACGAUUUUGGGCUGAGUGACCUAGAAGGCGGUGACAGUAAAUACGAAUUUAUCGCGGAGCCUGCCCCCGUACAGAUUGUCAACGUACGCCGGCUACAGUUCAACAGAGAGAAGAAGCAACAGGUCCGUGAUACAGCUCAACUGAGCCUGAAUGACGUCCUAUACCUUGAUCGCUACCUUGAGGCCACUAAAGCGCUGUCCGGAGAUAAGCUCCUGGAUCUACGUCGAGGGCAAUGGGCGAAGCAGCAGGAGCUCCAACGUCUUGCAGUCAGAUGCAAGGAAUUGCAAGCCACGGAGAUUGGUGACCUGGAUCUUGCCAACACAGUAGAGGAGACUGCGAUGUUUGUCGAGAGUUUCUUGAAGGGGGUAGAGCAGCAGAUGCUUGACCCACUUCCAACACCACCACCUGAAGACUUAGCUACGGAUCUGCAUGAGAGAGCGAAAAUGCUUCAGUCAGAGCUUGAAGAGAUUAGCGCCUCCAUGACGGAGCUCGAGUCAGACAUCGAUACCGUAUUCCGAGAAUACCAAGAUCACGGCUACCGGCUCCACGCUAUUUUUGUUCACCGAGGUGGCACUGGCUCAGGCCACUAUUUGAUCUACAUCAAGGACUUCCAGAACAACACAUGGCGCGAAUACAACGACGAGACAGUGAAGCCAUACUCUGAGCAAGACAUCUACAAACUUGGGUCUGGCACUCUGGCCGCUGGCAGCACAGGGAUCGUAUUUGUGAGGGAGGAUAAGGUCGACCUACUCACGGAAGCGGUCUGCCGACAGCCGGACGUUGCUACUGCGAACAUUACCGCGGCCAGCACAGAGCGCGCAGAUGUCGAGAUGUCAGAUUUGUCCGCGCCGAAGAUAGAGUACGACGAAGCCGAGGUUAUUGAGGGGAUCGAGAAGUCGUGAGCUUGUUCCUACGCAUUCGAGGCCAUUCAAUGCCAUGCUGGUCUGCUAACAAGAAUGCGUUAGAAUCGACGCAACAGCGCAUACAAUUGAGCUGCAGGUCAUGAUCGCGGACAGGAUGCGCACAAACGGCAGGAAGCGCUCCUGCUCUCGUGUCGACUCUCCGCCAAAGCG